AUGAAAAUCCCAUUUCUCAACAAGUCCAAGUCUCCACCAUUGACGGACUUGUCCGGGGAGUCGGCGGUGGCAGAUCGUGAGAACGAAAAGAGAGGCAUCGGCCUGGAUGAGUCGCAUGUGCCAUGGGUGACGUGGAGGUCACUGCUAUUAGGUGCGUUUGUCUCGAUCGGUGGUAUUAUUUUUGGAUAUGAUACUGGCCAGAUCUCGGGCUUUUUGGAGAUGAGAAACUUCAAGCAGCGGUUUGCGCUGCUGAGGCCUGAUGGGACGUAUCACUUCAACAAUGUCCGGUCUGGAUUGAUUGUUUCCCUGCUCUCCAUCGGUACAUUGAUAGGAGCUCUCCUCGCCGGACCAUUGACCGACCGAAUUGGCCGAAAAUGGUCCAUCUUCUUCUGGUGUAUCAUCCUCCAUGUCGGACUGAUCAUCCAGAUCUCCUCGCCAGCAGGAAAAUGGUACCAGUUCAUGAUGGGACGAUUCAUAACCGGAUUCGGCGUAGGAGCUUGCUCACUACUGGUACCCAUGUACCAGGGUGAGAUUGCACCACGACAUAUUCGAGGAGCGAUGGUGUGCUCCUACCAAUUAUUCGUGACACUGGGAAUAUUCGUCGCCAACUGCAUCAACUACGGCACAGAAAGCAUGGAUAACACGGGAUCGUGGCGAAUCCCACUUGGUAUCACGUUCUUUUGGGGCCUUGUCCUUGGAAUUGGCAUCCUCUUCUUUCCGGAAAGCCCUCGAUUUGACUACCGAAAUGGCCGCGUGGACCGCGCGCGACGCACCAUGUCGAAGCUGUACGGCAUACCCGAGAAUCACCGGGUGAUCGUGCAUGAGAUUGCCGAGAUCGAGGAGCAGCUAGAGGCCGAGCAGGGGGCACGAGGCGGGCUCCGCGGUUGGUUUGAAAUGUUCAAGGCGCCGCGCAUGAUGUAUCGUAUCAUACUUGGCAUUGUGCUUCAGGCUCUGCAGCAGCUGACGGGUGCCAACUAUUUCUUCUACUAUGGAACGGUGAUCUUCAACGGAGCGGGAAUCAGUAACACAUACGUGACGCAGAUGAUCCUAGGCGGAGUGAACUUUGGCACAACCUUUGGCGGACUAUACGUGAUCGAGCACUUCGGACGACGUAAGUCUCUGAUCGCCGGCGGUAUCUGGAUGUUCGUCUGCUUUAUGGUAUUUGCGUCUGUGGGUCACUUCUCGCUUGACGUGAAGAACCCACCAAAUACACCCGGAGCAGGCAAAGCGAUGGUUGUAUUUGCGUGUCUGUUCAUCACCGGGUUUGCGAUGACGUGGGGCCCGAUGGUAUGGGCGAUCGUGGCCGAGCUGUACCCAUCCCGAUACCGGGCACGUGCUAUGGCGAUGGCGACGGCGUCGAAUUGGCUGUGGAAUUUCCUAAUUGGAUUCUUCACGCCAUUCAUCACUGAUGAUAUUGACUUUGCAUAUGGAUAUGUGUUCGCUGGAUGUUUGUUUUUCGCGGUGAUUAUCGUUUACUUCUUUGUCAUUGAGGGCAAGGAUAAGACGCUUGAGGAGAUGGAUAUGAUGUAUAUCAUGCGUGUACCGCCGUGGAAGAGCAGCAAGUGGAAGCCGCCAGAGCCGGAGAAUCGACUCACGACCGAUCAGCUCAUGGAUCGGAAAGUUGCAAAGAAGUAUAACAAGGAGGAGGAAAGCGCAGCGAGCAAGAAGGCGGCAGAGGUACCUGGACAUUCACAUGCUGAGACUGCGGAAGAUGCUGCUGGGACUGGACCUUCUUCGCAAAUGGCUUGA